AUGUCUGAACAGCCACAAAAAAAGCAAAAGCCUACCAUUCCCUUGGAGGAUAUUCCUGUCCUAAAACUGAAGACAAACGAUAAGCAAGCCAACGACAGCUCUGUGUACGCCAACAUCCAUUAUUUCAUCUAUGCCUUUGAGCGAAAGCUUAUCGAGAAUGCAAUGUUGCCUUUUGAUGGUUAUUGGGAAGAGGCCUUAAAGGUAUCGUGCAAGCCGCCGCAGCUCAUAUGGUUCGAUCGAGUCCUGGCAAACCGAGGUCUGACCUGGGAAACGGCGCGGGCACAGCUGGAGAAAGAUUACGGUGACGAGACAUGCCUGGAAACAAAGAAACAGGCAUUUAAUAAGAUGACACAGCGACGUGACGAGCAAGUAUCUGAAUUUGCCGAUCGUUUUUUAGAGCUGAUGAAGACAUGUUGCAUCCAUGGAAGCCCCGAACUUGUCAAUAGAUUCGCCAAUUCCCUUCACUAUAUCCACCGCAGUAAAGCCCACAAUAUCAUACAUUAUCAUUUUGGCCCAAACCCAACUGAAGAUAUUGAGCGUAUCUUUACUACCGUAAAGGAUGUUUUUGACAACGGGCCUACCUCUUCUCGACCACCAUCAAAGAAACCCCGGCGUGCUUAA